AUAUUUCAUAUAAUUCCAGUUUAAUCGUUGGUAAUACGAAUCGGAUGCGAUUUCAUUCUUUUCGUCCUAGCCUAUUUCUAAACGAACUUAAUCUUUCUUGAAAACAAUGGAAGACGACGGUGGAAACGUUGUUGAUCUUUAUAUUCCCAGAAAGUGCUCAUCGAGCAAUCGUAUUGUACAUGCAAAAGAUCAUGCAUCUAUACAAUUGACUUUGGCAGAAGUAGAUCCAGAAACUGGACGUAUGAUAGAUACAACCAAAAUGUAUGCAAUAUGCGGAGCAAUCCGUCGCAUGGGUGAAUCUGAUGAUUGUUUAGUUCGCCUUGCCAAAGACGAUGGAAUCUUACCUAAAAACUUUUAAUGUAAUUUUAUUUUAAUAAAAAUUAUAUAAAUAAAACAA